AUGUCCUCCCAGACCAAAAGCACAGACCAGCCCAGCUCAUCACCAACAGCACCCUACCCUGUCCUGCCAAAGACGCUGAUACUAACCUCGACUAAAUCCUACUUCUCACCGGAGCGAACACUGGCAUACCUAAAGGCCCUCCUAGAUCCAUCCAACAACAUCUCAGCCCUACCAUCAGAGAUCCUCUUCGGCCUCAUCCCCGACCACCUAACAAUCUACCCCUGCACCACAAUCCUCUCCGACCCACGCCGCCUCCGCCUCCCCCUCAGACUGGCCCUUGGCUUCACCUCCCCCACCGCCCUCGCCUCCCUCGGCGUGCGCAUCGUCGAACUAGGCCACGCCGAGCGCCGCCGCAUCGCCCACGAGACAGACGAGUCGACCGCCGCUAAAGCCGCCGCAGCAUGCGAGCUCGACGCCCCAAACCUGUCCGGACCCAUGUCGCAGAGUGUUGGAGUGGCUAUGCGACAGCUCACACCGCAAAUUACGAGUUUGUUGGAUGCGGUACCCGAUGAUGCGCCGGUGAUCUUUGCGUAUGAGCCUGUGUGGGCCAUCGGGGCGGCGAAGCCGGCGGGUGUGGGGUAUGUUGGGCCUGUGGUGCAGGCGAUUCGAAGCGUGGUCAAGUCGCAGGAGACUCGGGGUAGGACGGGGUUGACGAGGGUGGUGUAUGGCGGUAGUGCGGGGCCGGGGCUGUGGAGUGGGGAGGCGACGGAGGAUGGGGUUGGCUUAGGGGAGUUCGUGGAUGGGAUGUUUCUGGGGAGGUUUGCGCAUGAGAUUGAGGGGGUGAGGAAGGUGGUCAAGGAGGUACGCGACAGUGUGACGAGUCGGCGGUAG